ACACUCAGAGUUAGCUACAAAAAUAAAAUAUACCUACAUGUAAUUACUUAAGAAAUCGUUGGCUAAAAAGUCCAUUAGUAUCGCAAUGCGUACACAGCUGUGUUAUCUGUGGAUGCUUAGCUGUUUCUUAACUUAUCUUGGGGCUACUGUGGAUAGAGUGUCGAUGGAUAAGCUGGGCUUUCACAAUAACUACAAUGCGAUUGUGCGGGACUUAAUCAAGAACUGGGAGUCCCCGAUUGUAUAUCUGCGGCAAUUGGGCUAUCUGCCCAAGGACUAUGAGGAUACAUCAAAGAUUAAGCCGAGCUUGGAUGCUCUAAUGAGUCGCAUCGAGCACGAUGAUCAGCAGAAUGCCAUACACACCGAAGGUGACAAGGGCAAGCAGCAAUUCUGUGGAACAAAUGAUGGCAAAAAGAUGGAGCWGAAGAAGAAGAAAAAGAAGAAGCGAAAGGCCAUUUUGUUGCAGCCGCAGAAGGGCAAACGACGUGAUCGCGAGGCGAGUGCCACACAGGGCGUAUCCUAUCCCACUGUGGAUCAACUGUUGGCCAUGGUGCAGCAAGCGAAACCUGCGGCAAUAGGCGAGCAGCCCAAAGCUCAGCCGUUGCAGGCACAGCCAAAGCCCGUAGAACAGAUUGACAGCUCGAAAUUGCAGCUGCUUGGCCAAAUGUUUUCAGAGCAGCGACAGGAGCCAGUGCAGCCAGUGCAGCAAGAGCAGCCAGUGCAGCCAGUGCAGUCAGUGCAGUCAGUGCAACCAGCAGCCGAGGCCACUGAAAAUGAGAGUCUCUUGCAGCGUCUUGUCAAGAAAAUCAAUCCGAGCCCUGAGACCAAGCCACUGGAAGCGGCUCAGCCAAAUAUCGUUGGCAAUCUGCCGCAGUAUUCAAUUGAGCAACCAUCGCCAAUGGGGGCCUAUAACAUGAUGAAGAUGCUCAAUGAGAGUCCUGGCAAGAGUGUGUCCUCCUAUUUGGAAAGCAAAAAAGCGGAUACGAUCGCCCGGAUCCGGCGCAAUCUGAAAUCAAGAUUAGUACGGAAAUUGAAGCACCACAAUAUCUAAAUUGGGAUAUACAAAACCAUCGGCUCAAAGAGAUCUCACCCUUACUCAAGGAUAACUAUGUGGAUAAAAUAGUGCGGAUCUUUGUC